AGAACAAGAGAGAAAUAUAGAGGGUUUUUUGAAGAGUUUGAAUUUGAAUUUCAGAGGGAAACACAGAACCAGCUAGACAGACAGACAGACAGAGAGAGAGAGAGAGAGAGGGAGAGAGAGAGAGAGAGAGAAACACACUGAGGGGUGUGUCAUAGCAAUUUAGUUCCUCAAGGAAGUACAAGUCAACAUUAUCUUGAGACAGGGUGGUGAGCGCUGAUAGAAGCGCCGCAGGAGGGCUGUGUUGUUUUGUUCUUGUUUUUUUUUUUUUUCCUUUUUUGCGGUUUUGGUUUUCUUCAUGGUAAAAAAUGAAGGGAUCUCGUUAAAGCGACCGGGCUGUGCUGUCAACCUGAGACACGGUGCAGAGGGAGAGAGAGAGACAGAGAUCUGACACACAAGGAGAGAGGAGGGAGGGGGACUCGGCGCACACACACACACACACACACAGGAAACCAUGGAGGCCUUCAGCUCCAAGGACAUGGCUAUGAAGGCCCAGAAGAAGAUCUUCAGCAGCAUGGCCAACAAAUCCUCUGUCCAGAUGUUCAUCGACGACACCACCAGUGAGAUCCUGGACGAACUGUACCGCGUCUCCAAAGAGUACUCGGGCAAUCGAACGGAGGCCCAGAAAGUUAUCAAAGACCUGAUAAAGAUAGCGGUGAAGAUCGGCGUGCUGUUCAGGCACAACCGCUUCACCACAGAGGAGCUGGGCCUGGCCCAGGACUUUAAGAAGAAGCUGCACCAAGGAGCCAUGACGGCGAUCAGCUUCCAUGAGGUGGAGUUUACCUUUGACAAGGCUGUGAUGUCUGAGCUGCUGACCAGCUGCAGGGAUCUGCUGCUGAAGCUGGUCAACACCCACCUCACCCCUAAAUCCCACGGGCGCAUCAACCACGUCUUCAACCAUUACUCUGACCCCGAGCUCCUGACCAAACUGUACGACCCCGACGGACCCUUCCGGCCCAACCUCACCAAGAUCUGCACUGGACUCAACAAACUGCUGGAGGACGGGACAAUAUGAGUGUGACAAAUGCAGUGAAACGCCCCUGAGACACUGGGAGAUCUACAGGCAGAAGUCUGACUAACUUAGGACUCAGGACUGAUGGACAAAAUUGGGCUUAUUGCUGCUGAGAACUGGCGACAUAUGAGAAUUGAAUUGUGAACUCGGUGCAACACUGGUGCCCCAUCGUUCUGAAAGAGCAACUCAAAAAGUGGGG